AUGACAGAAAUUAAUGAUGAUUUCUAUUUACGAUAUUAUGUUGGUCAUAGAGGAAAAUUUGGACAUGAAUUUCUUGAAUUUGAAUUUCGACCUGAUGGAAAAUUACGUUAUGCAAAUAAUUCAAAUUAUAAAAAAGAUACAUUAAUUCGAAAAGAAGUUUAUGUUAAUCGAACUGUUAUUGAAGAACUUAAACGUAUGGUUAAUGAAUCAGAUGUUAUGAAAGAAGAUGAUGCUGUUUGGCCACCACAAGAUCGUACUGGUCGACAAGAAUUAGAAAUUGUUCUUGGUGAUGAACAUAUUUCAUUUACAACAGCAAAAAUUGGUUCAUUAAUUGAUAUAAAUAAUAGUCGUGAUCCUGAUGGUUUACGUUGUUUUUAUUAUUUGAAUUUUGGUUGGAUUUCAAAUUAUGGACCAUCAUUUGUUAUACCGGCAUCAAGUUUUGAUGUUCUUCAUGAACCAUGCGACUUUUUUCAAGAAUUAAAUAAACUUGUUGCUAAUGCAAAAAAUCGUAUUUACAUAUCAUCAUUGUAUUUUGGUACUGAUCCGUAUGAAUAUAAAUUGAUUGAUUCAAUACGAACAGCACUUGAUAAAAAUCCAUCUCUACGUUUAGUUGUUUUAUUUGAUCAUUUACGUGGCCUUCGUAUUGAUAAUCAUAAAGAAAAAACAACUUCAAAAACAAUGUUUCUACCUUUAAUUGAACAAUAUUCAUCACAAGUUGAUUUUUAUCUUUUUCAUACACCACUUCUUUAUGGUUUUCUACGUCAAAUAUUACCAACAAGAAUUAAUGAAUCAUGGGGUGUACAACAUAUGAAAAUCUAUAUAGCUGAUAAUAAUUUAAUCAUAAGUGGAGCUAAUCUAAAUAAAACUUAUUUCGAUAAUCGACAAGAUCGAUAUUUAAAAUUAAAUAAUUGUUCAAAUUUAUGUAAAUUUUUUAUUGAUAUUAUUGAACUAAUAGCAAAACAAUCAUUUAAAAUAGAAAAAAAUCAUGAUAAACCUAUUUUUAUGGGUACACAUCAUCCAUAUAAAGGUGAUAAUAAUCAAUAUCGUCUUGAAGUUGAAAAAAAUCUUUCAUCAUUAAUACAAACAUAUCAAAUAGAUUAUCCAAAACCAAUAUCAUUAUCAAAUGAUCAAGCACUUAUUGUACCAUUAAUACAAAUGGGACUGUUUAAUAUAAAUAAUGAUCGAGAUUUUAAUAUAUAUCUUUAUUCACAUUUACCAUAUAAAUCUAAAUUAUAUCUUGCUACAUCAUAUUUUAAUAUAACAGAAGAAUAUGAAAAAGAAUUAAUUGAUAAUAAACGUAAAGAUACAAUAAUUAGUUUAUUAACAGCAUCACCACAAGCUAAUGGAUUUUAUGGUAGUCGUGGUAUAAGUCGUUAUGUACCAGAUGGUUAUAGUGAAAAUGAACGUGAAUUUAUUGAAAGAGCAGAAAAGAAAUAUUCUAAUGAUGGACAAAUACAAAUGUAUGAAUAUUAUCGUCCACAAUGGACUUAUCAUGCAAAAGGUUUAUGGUUAUAUGAAGAAAAUCAAAAUAAUAAUUAUCCAAUAUUAACUUGUAUUGGAUCACCAAAUUUUGGUGCACGUUCAAUUAAACGUGAUCUCGAAGCUCAAUUAGCAAUUAUAACAAAUAAUGAAGAAUUACGUGCUAAAUUUCAUCGUGAACGUAUUCGACUUUUUCAAUAUGGAACACUUGUUACAUCUGAUACAUUUAAACAAUUAUCACGUGCUCCACCAUUUUGGGGUCCAUUGUUUAUGAAAAUUUUUCGAAAUUUUUUCUAA